CAGUAUGCAGACUACAAGGGCCUCAGUAGCCCAGCACGCCAGCUGGCCGCUCGGACAACCCAAAGAAUACCUGGCCGUUUCUGACGCGGUCCAUUUACCGCAAUCAUGGCGCCCAUGAAGGGGUCCGCAUCGAGGGAGGGUCUCAUUUCCCAGGGCUCUCAGCAGAGCCUGAUAAGCCUGAAAGAGGAGCCGCAGUUUGUGAUGGGUCCACCCGUUGAAUCGAUCCUGAAAAACGAAGAAAAACGGUUCCUGUUACUGGUCGAACGAGGCGAUUACAACGGUGUCCGCACUUUGUUGCAGGAUUACAAAGAUCGUCCCGACGAAUUGAAUCUGAAUUGCACCGAUCCGCUGGGACGUACGUCUCUGGUUAUCGCCAUCGAAAACGAGAGUUUCGAGUUGAUUGAAGUCCUACUCGAAGGUGGAAUCAAAGUGUCAGACGGUCUACUUCACGCCAUCAGCGAGGAUUAUGUCGAAGCCGUUGAAUUGCUGCUCGAAUGGGAAGAGAGGACCCAUAAAGAGGGCAGUCCUUACAGCUGGGAAACGCUAGACAGCGAAAAUGCCACUUUUACGCCCGAUAUCACUCCGCUAAUUUUGGCUGCCCAUCGAAACAACUACGAGAUUCUCAAAUUGUUGCUGGAUCGUGGAGCUGCGUUGCCCAUGCCUCACGACGUCCGGUGCGGUUGCGAUGAAUGUAUGGCAUCCAGCAAAGCCGAUUCCCUGAGGCACUCACGCUCCAGGAUCAACGCGUACCGGGCUCUUGCGUCACCAUCUCUCAUCGCCCUGUCCAGCAAAGAUCCCAUUUUAACGGCUUUCGAACUGAGUAAAGAACUUUCCCGCAUGUCCGUCAUUGAAUCCGAAUUCACCGUCGACUAUCAGCAAUUGGAAGAACAAUGCCAAAAGUUUGCUACGUCUCUACUGGACCAUGUCCGAAGUUCGUACGAAUUGGAGACGCUUUUAAAUUACUCUCACGAUUCGGAAGAUGUUUGGGAGCCCGGAGAACGUCAGACGCUUGAUCGACUUGAACUGGCCAUCAAAUACACGCAAAAAGACUUUGUGGCUCACGCCAACGUGCAACAACUGCUGGGGGCUAUUUGGUAUCAAGGUUUACCGGGAUUCCGACGUCGAUCGCCGUUCGGUCAGAUCGUCGAGACAAUCAAAAUCGCGGCCAAGUUUCCCAUUUACUCGAUGCUUUACAUGAUCGCACCGACGUCGGUCAAAGGCAGUUUCAUCAAGAAACCUUUCGUCAAAUUCAUUUGUCACUCGGCUUCCUAUCUCUUCUUUCUCUCUCUACUCGGACUGGCUUCUCAACGCGUUGAAUAUCUCCUUAUUGAAUGGUUUGGCACCGACUGGAUGCAAGAGAUUCUUGAGGAUUGGAAACGUCGCGAAAGAGGAUCUAUACCAGGACCUAUAGAACUAUUCAUUAUGCUUUACAUAGGCGGGCACAUCUGGGCCGAGGCAAAAGCUUUAUGGUCCGACGGUCUAAUGGACUACAUAAUGGAUCCAUGGAACUUGAUCGAUUUCACCUCGAAUAGCUUCUUUACUGCCUGGAUUUUUCUACGAGCUGUCGCUUGGUUCAUCGUUCAGAGGGAACAGUGGGCCGGACAGAACCCGUGGUAUCCGCGGGAGGAGUGGAGUACGUUCGACCCUAUGUUACUCAGCGAGGGAAUGUUUGGUGCCGCAAUGAUUUUCAGCUAUCUGAAGACGGUGCACGUGUUCUCGAUCUCUCCGCAUUUGGGUCCGCUACAGAUUUCUCUCGGCCGUAUCAUUAUCGAUAUCAUCAAGUUCUUCUUCAUCUACAUGUUGGUUCUCGUCGCCUUUGGAUGCGGUUUGAACCAAUUGAUGUGGUACUACGCCGAUUUGACCAAGAAGAAAUGCUUCUGUUUGCCAGACGGAGGUCCUGAUUGGGAAAACGAACAAGAAGCUUGUUUCUUUUGGCGUCGUUUUUCCAAUUUGUUCGAGACAUCGCAAUCCCUCUUUUGGGCCAGCUUCGGUCUGGUUGAUUUGCAAUCAUUCGAAUUGCAAGGUAUCAAGGGUUUCACGCGAUUCUGGGGCUUGCUUAUGUUCGGAUCGUAUUCCAUGAUCAACAUUAUCGUCCUCCUCAACAUGUUGAUUGCCAUGAUGUCCAACUCGUACGCCGCUAUUGCCUCCAAGAGUGAUACCGAAUGGAAAUUUGCUCGUUCCAAACUUUGGCUCAGCUAUUUUGAUGAUGGUGCCACUGUUCCACCACCGUUCAACGUGAUGCCGACACCCAAAUCCUUGUUGAAUCUGUGCAAGAAGAAACAAACGCAGGCAGCUAAAGAAAAGAGUUUACACAAGGCCGAAAUCAGACACAUGGAAGUGAUGCGACUCUUGGUCAGACGUUAUGUAACGGCUGAGCAAAAGAAAAGCGAAGAAAUGGGUGUCACCGAGGACGAUGUCAACGAAAUCAAACAAGACAUUUCUUCCUUCCGGUUCGAAUUAUUGGAUAUCCUGCGCAAUAACGGAAUGAAGUGCGGCGAAGCCGAAAAGGGCAACGCAGCCGGAAAGAAGGGAAGACUUCGUGAACGACGUUUGAAGAAGGGUUUCCAGAUUGGUAUGGUUGAAGAUUUGAUCAGUUCGGUGAUUGCCAACGCCACUUCCGAGAAGGGCCCUGUAGAUGUUUUCGGUAAGAUUGCCAAAGUCAUGGCUUCUCGUAGCAGCUCCAAGAUGAAGAAACGAAACGAGUGGAAUGCAAUGGCGGCUAGUAGAGCGUCCAUCAAGCGGAAUCCAAUCGGAUCGAAAGCACAGAGUAAUCAAAGGUGGUCGCAACAGUCGCUCAGACGAUCCAUUAUCGAAUCGGAACGAGCUGAUCUCCUUUCCAUGGAUCCCGAUCGCAUUGUGGAAUACAAUCCGCGCCUUAAGGAAUACACUCCCGCUACUCGUGUAGCCUACGCCAAGUUCAAGCGUAACACGCUAGGAGUCAUUAAUGAAAGUAGCAAAGAACAAGAAACGGGAAAGAACAAAAGACUGAAGAAAUCGAACGUCUCUCUAAAGAAAUUGGCAUCCGAUCCGGACAUGAAGUCGAAAAUUGCUGCUGCCGGGGUGGUGACUGAAAGUGAAGCUCUUCCAGUACAGAACAGUGCCAUAGGUAAACCUCUUCAGCCAGCCGAAGUUAUUCUUGAAGAGAACGAAUCAGUCACUCCAUUACCUCCUGAGCCUUCUCCCACUCCUGUUUCUCAGACACCUCAAGUGCCCACUCCAACUCCUACUCCAACUCCAAAACCGACCACUCCUACCCCAACGCCAGUCACUCCUGCACCAGUUCCGUCACCCGUUCCUACGGUUUCGGCUACUGUGGCAGCAUCACCCAUUCCUACGGCCUCCGCCACUGUGACAACGCCACCCACUCCUACACCUGCUUCGCCUCCUACACCAGCACCUUCCUCACUCCAACCACGUAUUUCUUCUCGUCCAGCAGAUAGGGACCGUUCACCCUCACCUAGGCCUGCUUCUCGUCCAACGACUCUGAAAGAUGGAUGGUUUUAAACUGUUUGAAUCAGGUCGAAUUGUGUAGGUAGAUUAGAGCAUAAUUUAAAACUUACAGAGUCUGCUAUUUUCUUUGUUCUGCCUUAUCAGCUGGUUAUCCAUCCUGUAGUUUUCUCCAUAAACGACAUGUUUAUUGCCCGCAAAACACUCUAAAUAUACAUGCAAUGACAAGCUCCGAA